UCGCCUAGGAACUACUAUUUCUUGGAUCUGGUUCCUUUCUCAUAAAAUUCCAGCCCCACGAAUCUUGUCAGUACUGCUAGUUCUUGGGAUCCGUCAGGUAUUAGCAGCUCAUCUUUGUACUCUCGCCUUUCGCUAGUAUCUCAUCAUGGCUCGUCGAUCCGUAUGGCGGCUCGCCUUUGUUCUCUUCGCGAUCUUCUUGAUCCUCUCGCCAGCAGUCACCGUCCGUGCUGACGAUGACGAUGACGAUGAAGAUGCGACUGCUGCUGCUGACGACGUGGCGGCUGACGCCGCUGCAUCCGAGAUGGUUGCGACGGAGGAAGAGGAGGAGGCCGAGGAGGAGCUACCGCGUCUUAUGCCAGCCGCCGGGGUCGAAGUCAAAUCCAUCCUUCCCAAGUUCUUCGGCAAAGAGCCGCUGAUCCACGCCGGUCAGGAAGCCGAGCUGCUCUUUUCCAUCAGCAACAACGGUCCCAUCCCGGUGUUCAUGGGUAACGUAACUGGUAACAUCUAUGUGCCGUUCGACUUCCGAUAUGUGGUACAGAACUUCUCGUCCGACUCGUACAACGUGACCAUCCCUCCUGGUGUGCAGACCUCCUUUUCCUUCCUAUUCACGCCUGAGAGAUACCUUCAGCCUCGUGACUUCGGUCUGGCCCUGGCCGCCUUCUACAUUGUGGGGGAUUCCCUGCACGCGUCGCUGCUCAUCAACCGCACCGUGGAGGUGCUUGAGCCGGUGGGGUAUGUGAGCGGGGAGUCCAUCUUCCUCGUGCUGCUGGCCGCUGGGCUGCUCGCGCUUUUCGGCGUGUGGGCGUACAGCCAGAUCGAGAAGAUGAACCAGAAAUCCCGCCGGACUAAGAAGCUGGAGACGGGCACAGGGGGAGACUCGGCAGCUGAGGCCAACGAGUGGCUCCAGGGUACCUUCUUUGAGCAGCACAACAAACAGCAAGUUAAGUCUCGAAAGAGGCAGAAGUAGAUUGCUACCCGCAUGCACAACUGCAUUGGGUGGCCUUUCUGUUGAGGCAGCUUACACUGUUUUGCAAGGAUACCGAUACCUGUGGAAAGUGGAUUUUUGGAGAUGAGUACUGUACUAGUUGACUUGAUAGUAUGUCUUGGAAAGAUCCGUAUGUUCCUUGCAUGUUCAAUGCUUCGUACCAGCCUGGCAGUGUGGUGGCAGGGUUUCAGCUAGGAUUUAGGGCUGUUUGAGAAUCAGUUGGGUUUUCAAAGUUGGGUGUGACUGUCAACCUAUACAUAUGUUGUAUGUAGAAGUUAUAGGCUAGAUAGGUGAAUGUUCUUAGAGGGUAAAACUCCAACCCCAUAUGUUACUUCUCCCUU